CCAACUCCUACCACCAAAAGUCACCACCUAUCUGUCUCAGAGCAGUGUCAUUUCACAGUGUCAACCCACCUCUGGAAUUUCAGGGGGGGAAACAGGAGAAGCAAAUUAUGGGACACGUAUUGUAGCAGCAGCACUUAAAAGAGAACGAGAUAUUUCUUGAACCAACCCUGGAUAAAAAACUUUGUGACUUUGUUCCCUGGGAAUAGAUGAAAUCCUGCGUGCUUUGUGUGAAAGCUCAACUGAGACCUGUUCCUGUCUCAGCUAUUUAAUAAGAAUAAAACCCUGAGAGGAAUAGUGAGAACUCUCAAACCAAAGCCGCCCCCCCUGGAAUACGAAUCUAAUCAGCACGGCUGCUCACGGUGCCAGACAUGCAGCCAUUUACUGGGAUCGCUGCUCUUUUUCUCCUGCUCCACAUCUCCUCUGGCAGCACAGAAGCUCAUAGGCACUACCGACAAGUCCUGAGUGGAAACCAACUGGGUGUGUGUCGCUAUGGCAGGAGGCUGGAGUGCUGCUAUGGCUGGAAGAAAAACAAUAAAGGGCAGUGUGAGGCUCAGUGUGACCACGGCUGCAAGCACGGAGAGUGUGUUGGCCCCAACAAAUGCAAGUGUUUCCCUGGAUACUCCGGAAAGACAUGCAAUCAAGAUCUGAACGAGUGUGGCCUGAAACCUCGACCCUGUGAGCAUCGCUGCAUGAACACCUACGGCAGUUAUAAGUGCUACUGCCUCAACGGAUACACCUUAAUGCCUGAUGGAGCUUGCACCAAUUCCAGGACAUGCUCUCUGGCUCACUGUCAGUACGGAUGUGAGGAAGUAGAAGGGGAGAUCCGCUGCCUCUGCCCGUCAUCAGGUCUGCAACUGGGUCAAGAUGAGCGAACAUGUAUAGAUAUUGAUGAAUGCAUAACUGGGAAGAACCUCUGCCCAUUCAAUAGACAGUGCGUAAAUACAUUUGGCAGCUACUACUGUAAGUGUCAGGAUGGCUAUGACCUGAAAUAUGUCAGCGGCAAAUAUGACUGUGUAGACCUCGAUGAGUGUGCAGCCGGCACCCACAAGUGCAGCCACCAUGCUGUCUGCUUGAACACUCAGGGAUCCUAUAAGUGCAGGUGCAAGUCUGGCUUCAGAGGCAAUGGCUUUGAAUGCUCUGUCAAGCCAUUUUAUCAGAGCUCCUGGGAUGGAGACAAAGGCAGUGCAGAUGAUUCCUUCAAUGCCAUCCCAGACUCCCAAGUGAGGCCCGGGAUUCUGGGAGGUAAGCUGAGCUAUGAGGACAUCCGAAAUGCCAUCCCCGAACCAGUCGUGACGCCGCCUCCCAGGAUCCCCCAGCAACCUUUUGACUAUGAUGGAGAGGUCUACAUUGGCAGCCCAAAAGAGGAAAGAGUAGAAGAAUAUCCUGAGGAAGAAGAGGAGGUGGAACAGGAAGACAAUCAGCUCAAUCCAAGAGGAGAUGUUUUCAUAUCUGAGGAAUUUGAGUCAGUGUUCGGCCCAGCCACAGAAGUGAAAGAAAUCGAAAUUACACCACCUCAGGAAGAAUAUUUCAUGGACUGCAACUUUGAUCAGGGAGCAUGUGAAUGGGUCCAAGACAAGGCAGACGACAUGGACUGGAUUGUGGCUUAUCAUGAUAUGGGAACUGAGUAUUACAUGGCCCUGAGUGGGCUCCAAGGGGACCAGGAGGAGGUGGCCAAGUUGAAGUUGCUUCUCAGUGACCGGCCCCAGCAGGGCAGCUUUUGCCUCACCUUCGACUAUCGCGUUGUGGGCUCUAAUGUGGGCGCACUCAGGGUGCUGCUGGAUAACAACGCUUACCCAGUGUGGGAGCAGAGCCAAAGCAGAGAUCAGGGUUGGCAGACAGAGCUACUCACCGUGGCCUGGAAAGAGGAAGCACCACAGUCUAUUAUCUUUGAAGCUCAGCGUGGGAAAGGCAUUGGAGGGGAGAUUGGGCUGGACAAUGUUGUGCUGACCUCAGGGUCCUGUCAAGAGGAUGCAGAUCCAAUUGAAUGUUGGAUUGUCGAGUGCGGGGCUAAAACCGUAAGAUUGAAAGAGUUCAAAACCAAUCCGAGGUAUAUUGUUUUUGUGUGAUCCACCGGGAGUAAAAAAGCCAUGUCAACAAAGACAUCCCUGCUGAAAGUCAUCCUGCUGGGUGAUGGAGGUGUGGGGAAGAGCUCCAUUAUGAAUCGCUACGUCACCAACAAGUUUGACGCCCACCUCUUCCACACCAUCGGCGUUGAGUUCCUAAACAAGGACCUUGAAGUGGACGGCCACCAGGUGACCCUACAGAUCUGGGACACCGCUGGCCAGGAGCGAUUCCGCAGCCUGAGGACUCCUUUUUAUCGCGGCUCCGAUUGCUGCCUGCUCACCUUCAGCGUCGAUGACAGCCAGAGUUUUCUCAACCUGGGAAACUGGAAGAAGGAGUUCAUCUACUACGCCGACGUCAAAGAGCCGGAGAAGUUCCCGUUCGUGGUGUUGGGCAACAAAGUGGAUGUGACCGAGAGGCAGGUGUCCACUGAGGAGGCUCGGCAGUGGUGUCAGGAGAAUGGGGAGUACCCCUACUAUGAGACCAGCGCUAAGGAUGCCACCAACGUGGCGGUGGCCUUUGAGGAAGCGGUGCGCAGAGUGCUGGCAAUGGACGAGCGAACGGACCAUCUCAUCCCCACGGACACUGUGAAGCUGCACAGAAAGCCCCGCUCUGCCACCAGCUGCUGCUCAUAACGCCCGGGACUAAAGCCAACACCGCCGCCACGCCUGCUGAGUGACGAGGCCGUAGGUGCACAGUGCUACCGUAACAUAUUAUUUAAAGAAAUUCUUCCACUGGCCUUUUUGAUUUGUCAAAUGUUUGAUGAGACUGAUUUUCUGGGGACUUCUGCUUCUGAUACAGAAAAACACUAAAUCCAUCUGUGUCUGGUUGUGAUUCAGAUCUACAAAGGUUCAAAAGCGGGCUCUGAAAGAGUGAGAUAAAUCAACACUUUUGAUGUGGCCCAAGAACACGCCUGGACAAUAGAAGUGAUCGUCUUUCAAAUAGUAAAAAUCGUUUAGAAAAAAUGAUGCUUCUUCAAACUGUGCGUUUAGAUGUCUACUACUUGAUGAGUGCAAUUUCAUAGGGUUUCUAAACAUGAGCCCAAUUGUGAUUGUACAGAGUGAUUACUAAUAUAAAUGUUUAGAAUAUGAUCGGAAUACUAUUUACCUCCCAAUAACCUUAAUUCUAAAAAUGAUGAAGUAGCUAAGGCACUACUUUGUAUUAUUAACUAAUUGAGGCUUGUGAUUCCUGCACCUUGAGGUUUUUGUCUGCACGCAUUUCUGCAUCAUGAAUACAUUACUCCUCCCAGGUAAUAAACAUGAAAGCAAUCUUAACAUGCAUGGCAUUUUGGCAUAUUUGAGUUUCUGGAAACAUUUAUUAUGUCGUAAGUUGCCUUUAACUUAAGUCGCUGGGGACCACUGGAGACAUUUUCACUAACAAAUGUGUAAUGGUAUACUGGUUGUCCUAUUCCAUCAUUGCUGAAUCUCUUUUUUAAAUUGUUUUAAAUAAUAAUAUUCGAAGCACUCUUAACCUUGUUUUAUAUCUACAGCUAAAGAUCUUUAGCCACAACCUAAUAAUUAAAAGUGACUGGUCCUUACCCUUUAUCUGUCUUUCAUUCAGAUUGAUGAAACUGUGUGACUGCUGUGCUACAUUAUGAAUAAAUAACCAAAUUGUCUGGU